CCGGACUGUAAACUCGCACACAAGGUGGCUGGCAGGCACAAGUUGGAGAGCACCGAGGAGUUUGUCUGACUUGCCAAUGUGACCGACACUUCAGAACCAAGGACAGAUCCAAGCCGCUGCCUGACAAACAUGCUCAAAGUGAACAACAUCUGGACUCUGCUCGUCACAUGAAAUUUCCUCACGUUGCCCGUUUAUUGUCGCACGGCUUGUGGGGAAGAGACCUGCAGAUAUAUCCGACAAGAUAGAUCCACAGCUACGACCAGGAAAUAUCAAACAUGCUGCACUCCCUGAGAGAAGACUUGAAAGUCAUUCGCCUCCCGACUCUGUAAACCUUUGCUCCUCUCUACUUCAACCAGCUGAGCCCUGCUACCUGAUCUUGCCAUGCUGAGUAUAGCGCUCUGCCCAAGGUCAUCGGCCAAUUCUGCCCAUUACUGGCCUCUCCACAUGCUCCUGUUGGAUCUGCUGAUACCAGGAGUCCUGCCCAGCAUCUCCAGAUUACCUCCCGCAGCCAAACGUGAGAUCAUCAUGGAUGGAGACUUGGUGAUUGGAGGCCUGUUCCCGGUGCACCAUAAAGGUGACGGGAUGGAGGAUUGUGGUAAGAUCAAUGAGGAGAGAGGGAUCCAGAGACUGGAGGCCAUGCUGCUGGCGCUUGAUGAGAUUAACUCCAGUGAUCGCAUCCUUCCUGGACUCCAGCUAGGGGCCCACAUCUUGGACACCUGCUCGAAGGACACCUAUGCUCUGGAGCAGUCCCUGGAUUUUGUCAGGGCCUCCCUCACCAAGGUGCAUGAUCCAGGCUUCAUCUGCCCAGACGGCUCCAGACCCAUCCAAAACGAGGUUCCACUGGCCAUCUCAGGGGUCAUCGGAGGAUCCUACAGUGAUGUUUCCAUUCAGGUGGCCAACCUACUGCGGCUGUUCCAGAUCCCUCAGAUCAGCUAUGCCUCCACCAGUGCAAAGCUCAGUGAUAAAACACGCUAUGACUACUUCGCCCGCACUGUGCCCGCUGACUUCUACCAGGCCAAGGCCAUGGCUGAGAUCCUGCGUUAUUUCAACUGGACAUACGUGUCAACAGUAGCGUCAGAGGGCGACUAUGGUGAGACUGGCAUUGACGCCUUCCAGCAGGAGGCCCGCACUCGCCAAAUCUGCAUCGCCACUUCAGCCAAGGUGAGCCGCUCCAUGAACCGCCAGGGCUAUGAGAAUGUGAUCCGCUCCCUACAGCAGAAGUCCAACGCCAAGGUGGUCAUCCUGUUCACCCGCAGUGAAGACGCCCGUGAGCUGCUGGUGGCUGCUACUCGUAUGAAUGUCACCUUCAUUUGGGUGGCCAGUGAUGGCUGGGGGGCACAGGAGAGUGUGGUGAGGGGCAGCGAGACGGCGGCAGAUGGAGCUUUUACUAUCGAGUUGGCCUCCUAUCCAAUCAGAGAGUUUGAAGACUACUUCACCAAGCUCAACCCGUACACCAACACAAGGAACCCAUGGUUUAAAGAGUUCUGGGAGCACCGGUUUGGCUGCAGCCUCGAGGAAGCUGGCUGCAGUGACCACAGCCUAAGAGAUGGAACUUUUGAGCAGGAGUCUAAGAUCAUGUUUGUGGUAAAUGCAGUCUAUGCAAUGGCGUAUGCUCUGCACAACAUGAGGCAAGCAGUGUGUUCCAACACGUCCAAGGUCUGUGAUGCCAUGAAACCAGGUAACGGCAAAAGGUUCUACAAGGAGUUCAUCCUGAAGACCAAGUUUGAAGCUCCAUUCAGACCUGCAGACACAGAGAACAUGGUGCGCUUUGACUCAUCUGGCGACAGCAUCAGCCGCUACAACAUCUUUCAUUACCACAAAGAAGAGGGGAAGUUCAUCUACAGAAAGGUCGGCUACUGGGACCAGAACCUGAUUUUGAAUACCACCGGGGUAUCCUGGCAUGGCCCUGUGCCACCCACUUCUCAGUGUAGUGACCCCUGCAGGAAAAACGAGGUGAAAAGUAUGCAGCCUGGAGAUGUGUGCUGCUGGAUCUGUAUCCCCUGUCAGCCCUACCAGUACCUGCAGGAUGAAUUCACCUGUGCUGACUGUAGCUUUGGGCAGUGGCCCCUGGCUAACCUGACAGGCUGCUAUGAUCUGCCUGAAGAGUACAUCCGCUGGGAGGAUGCCUGGGCCAUUGGGCCUGUUACCAUCUCAUGCUUAGGUAUACUGUGUACUCUGUCGGUAGUGGGCCUGUUCUUCAAGAACAAUGAGACGCCUGUGGUUAAAGCAAGUGGACGCGAACUCUCCUACAUCCUCUUGCUGGGUGUGCUGAUGUGCUACAGCAUGACCUUCAUCUACAUUGCCAAGCCUUCCACUGUCGUUUGCACCCUUCGCCGAUUAGGUCUUGGCACCUCAUUCGCUGUGUGUUACUCGGCUCUGCUCACCAAGACCAACCGAAUCGCCCGUAUCUUCAGCGGGGUGAAGGAUGGAGCCCAGCGGCCUCGCUUCAUCAGCCCGGCCUCCCAGGUAGCAAUCUGCAGCGCUCUUAUCUCCUGCCAGCUGCUAGUGGCCCUUAUCUGGCUGCUGGUGGAGGUGCCAGGGGUCCGGAAGGAGGUGAGCCCAGAGAGGAGAGACGUGGUCACCCUCAAGUGCAACAGCAGGGACUCCAGCAUGCUCAUAUCGCUCGCUUACAACUGCAUCCUCAUUGUCCUGUGCACUGUCUACGCCUUCAAGACCCGAAAGUGCCCUGAAAACUUCAAUGAGGCCAAGUUCAUAGGGUUCACCAUGUACACCACCUGCAUCAUCUGGCUUGCCUUCCAGCCCAUCUUCUAUGUCACUGCCAGUGACUACAGGGUGCAGACCACCACCAUGUGUAUCUCUGUCAGUCUGAGUGGUUCGGUGGUUCUCGGCUGCCUCUUCGCUCCCAAGAUCCACAUCAUCCUGUUCCAGCCCCAGAAAAAUGUGGCCACACUCAGAGUCACAGCCAACCGCUUCAGUGCCACAGUGUCUGCAUCUGCCUCUGCUCCCGGCUCCAGCUACUCUAAAGGAUCAGCCUCUAACUACGUGCCAGCGGUGUGUAACGGCCGCGAGGUGGUGGACUCUACAACGUCCUCUUUGUGAAAAAAGGCUCCUCUCUAAGCACAAGAGACCAUCCCAUUAUCAGUCAUCGCUUCAUCAAACGGGGCUGAGUGUGACGGUGCCCCCGUGCCAUCCAACAUGCUGCAGAGAGAUAACUCUGUCUGGGUAGACUGACUGACAGUGGCAAGGGUAACUCCAACUGUGAAAGCUAAAUGAUGUUUCCUGCAGUGAGCAGUAUGUAUCAAUUGUAAAGCCUUUUUUGUAUAGAUUUAAUAUGCUGUGAUCUCCUCAGUUUACAGAUAGAUGUGAUUAAAUGCACUGUGCCUUGUCCUAAGAAGUCUUGUUGUCAAAUGGGUGGUCGUGAAGCAAUAGUGUUAUACAAAAUUGUUAUACAAAAGGCUGUUCUUAUCUUGUCCUUACAGUGCUGUGAAUAUAUCCAAAUGUUUUAGACACUGACAAAAAAUGCUGUUAGAUAAAUUUAGCCCUUCUGUUAAACAAAAUAUGUGACUAACCAUAGUGAACGUGAUGAAAACUAGACAACUAGACAAUAUAAAGGACAAUGUGUUCAUGUAGAUUGGUAUAACAGUGUGUGCUUUCCUGUAAUUUAUGUAAAUAAAAUGUUUUUUGUAAUAUUAAAUGAUUAAAUGCCAUUGUGUUUGGGUUCGCAAUUGCAAUAUUUGACACUAUUCAAAGUGAGAGCAGCUAUUCAGAGGCAAUGACAAUGAUCUUUUUGCUUUGCUUUAUUGGAUUCGUAGCUCUUCCCUUGACUUCGGAAGCUAAUUUAAGCACUAAAAUUUCUGUUUAUUUUAGUUGAAUCAACUUAAUGGAUUGCCUCCUCUAAUUUUUCCAGAGUUUUAAAAAGGGACAACAGCAGAUGAUGUAUAGUUUUAUUUGAUUUUGAGUCUGUUCUAAUACUAAGACUUGUAUUGGUGCUCCAAUCUCUAAACUGUAACAACUGCUGUAACUAGUUGAGUGUGUGCAAUUCUACAUGUACAGUGCCUAAAAAAAUAUAUUCAUCCCACUUGGACUUUUUCAUUUUUUUAUACUGAUUGGAGUUUCCUGAUAUUAAAUUGUAUUGCCCAUCUAUAUACAAACCACCUGCCUGGUCUGUUUUAAUUGGUUAAAUGUACAUAAAGUAAACUCGCAGCCCAAACAACACGUAAACUGAAAUUUCAUUGUUAAUAUGUUUAACUGUAAAAAUAUAUUGCCUUUAACAUUUAUGUCAUGUACAAACUAUUAUUCCAAAUAAAAGUGUGAGUGAUAAAACACAAAUCUGAACCACUGAAAAGGACAGCAACAUCUCUGAAGAAGCCUAAGAUGACACCUGCAGGGGAAUUGAAGAUAGUGCAAAUGCAACACUUAGCAGGCUUAUCACUGAGACGUUAAUACAGCAACAGUAAUUGUCACCUCCGUUAUAUUUUCAUUAGACAGUUUGUUCCCCAGGGUUAUGCUAAUGAAUCGCUCUGUUCAAGGUAAUUAAAGGAUUUCAGCACACGUUGCUUCUGUAAAUUCCAUCCACUGAUACCGACAGUCACCUCACAGUAAUGUAAACUUCUUGAUAGUUGAUGAAGGCGCCGUAAUGCCUACAACAACCUUGCAGCAGUAGAAACACUUUCUGUGUGAUAAAAUAAAGGAUUUAGAAAAGAAAAGUUGGCCUGUGGUCUUAAGAGUGCCUUCAUCUUGCAAAGAGGUUUUUAAAAUAUUAAUAGUUGUACAAGUUUUGAAUGGAAGUGUUGCUAUUCUUUAUCAAUGAUUUUUUAAAUUAAUUACAGGUUCUCUACCAACAGAGAUAAAUGAUUCCACCGUACAGUUUAAUUUUACAUUUGGCUCUGAGAGGCUGACAACCAAGGAAGAAGCAGUUGCCAUGGUGACAUAGGCAGGGUCAAACCCAAACUUAACUAAUUUUGCUUCUCAAACUGCCUGUGGUGAUUCAUACAAAAGUGAUACUAACUCUUCUCAGCAGACACUUUCAGCAGCUUAUUUAUUAAAAAAAAACAAAACCCAACAACAAAUAAGUUUAAAAACACAAGUUUGAAUCAUAAGAUGGUAAGAGAGCAGUCUUGGUCAGCUUGGACAAGAUGUGGUAACUUCUACAAGACAGCCUCUUUUCACUUGGUCCAAUCCAGACACAGCACACCAGUCAUUCCUUCACUUAUGUGAACAGUGCUGGUGCAUUUAAAAACAAAACCACAGCUGCAAGUUUUUUUUUGUUUUUUUGUUUUUUUUUACAAAUAAGACUUAU